AUGGCACCUAAAAGCAAGAACCCUAAAACUCCAAAGAAAGCUACCAAGCCUAAGGUGGUUCGAAAGCUUAUUGAUGAAGACGCUAAUUAUGAAGAUAAUGAACCAUUGCUUUGGUGGAGGAGAAAUAAAUCCAGUCCAAAAGCACCUCCUCUACCUAAACCCAUCACGGUGGAGGAUAGUAAUGAUACUGAGACUACCACCCCAGCUGAGAGUGAGUCUUCUGAGCACAAGGGUUCUAAGCAAACUGAAUCUGAACAGCCUGAGUCUGAGAAGGCUGAAUCUAAAGAACUGGAGGCAGAAAAUGUAGAGUCUAACAAAUCUGAUUAUGAGGAACUAUCCUCUGAGACUCCCUCGACUGAGAAUCAAGAUAAAAAGAAACCCCCAGUUUGGGGAACUUUGAUUAAAUGUAAGAAUCCUGAGGUUGCUGCUACUGUAGAUAAGAGAAUUAGGGCUGCUCUUGAGCCCUUUGCUACUUUGCCUACACGGGUUGUAGAUCUUGAAAACUAUUUUGAUGUAAGGGCACAGGAGUUGACUGGAGUAGAUCUUGUUGAAUUCAGAGUGGCCCUAGAGAAGCUAAAAGAUAACAUAGUGAAAGACAAAAAAGCUGAAAAAGAUAAGAGAAAGAGACAAGAAGAUAACGAGAAUGAGAGAAAAGCUGAGAAAAAGGCGAAGAAGAAAAAGAAGGAAGAGAAGACAAAAUAG